UCUAGUUGGGUUGGGCGCCGCCACGGUGGACAGCCUGGCUGCUGCGUCAAGGGAGUUUGGGAACGCAAGCUUCAGACUGUGUGAGGAGUUUCCAAACAGUGCUGCUUCGGAGCUCAGAGCAAACCCGAUCUGAGACGACAACAGCGAGAUAAACGCCUGAAAAUGAACGGGCAGUCCUCACCUGUCUUCGAGGAGAAGAAGCCCUCCAUCCCCGUGGCCGGUGGUUCCAUCUCGGCUUCCAAGGAUUCCCCGACCAUGCCGGAGUCCUCCUCCACAGAUAUGGGCUUCUAUAGCGGUCAGAGCGCGCUCCACGGCUCGCAGGAUUUCUACCCGGCACAGCAGCCGUACUCCGCUCAGCACAUGAACCCGUACGCAUACCACCACUACAGCCUCAACGGAAUGGGUCCCGGCGGUGCCUACCCCGUUGGGAAGGCAGAGUACCCUUACCCCCAUGCAGCAUACAGGGAGCACGGAGCAUUCAACAGGGAGGUUCAGCCAAGUCUGCAGGACAGCGUGAAAGAAGAACCAGACGUGGAAGUUAGGCUGGUCAACGGGAAGCCCAAGAAGGUACGCAAGCCCCGGACCAUCUACUCCAGCUACCAGCUGGCAGUUCUGCAGAGGAGAUUCCAGACAGCCCAGUAUCUGGCCCUGCCAGAGCGGGCCGAGCUGGCUGCACAGCUGGGCCUCACACAGACGCAGGUCAAAAUCUGGUUCCAGAACCGUCGCUCCAAGUUUAAGAAGCUCUACAAGAACGGAGAGUUUCCGCUCGGUGAUAUUCCUCUUGAACACAGUCCAGACGCCAGUGACUCCAUGGCCUGCAACUCUCCUCCAUCCCCAGCUGUGUGGGAAAACAACAACAGUAGCAAUGGUAACAAUAACAGCAGCAACCACAGCAGCGGGAGCGGCAACAACCCAAACGUCAGCAACGGUAGCGUCAAAAAUAGUGCAAUGCUGGAUCCUACCAGUAGGGGGCAGGUUCCCUAUCAGCCUCCGGUGGAUUCUCCACCUGCCUAUAUGGGGGAGUACACACACCAGAACUGGUACCAACAGCAGGGUGCACACUUAGGUCUCUCACAGUCAGGCCAAGUGCACCACGCACCACCAACUGCUCCGUCGGCCACACAGAGUAUGGGAGCCGUCUACUGAUGUAGAAAAAUGGACAACAUUUCGACUGGAGUCCUGGGCUUCACCUGGGGCUUUUUUUUUUUUUUGGAUGAUUCUGAGCUGUGCUGUGUGCAGAAACACCUGACAGUGAUCAUCAAAUCCGAGUCAUAACUGCAAAAACCCAAAACACAUGUUGUCACACAGGCUGCAAAUGUGGAUUGAAAACAAGUGUCGGCCUCAUUUACCCUCCACCGCCCACAAGGUGAACUCACAACACUGUGGGAGACCGGGGUGAUUCAAAUGGGUUUUUUAGUGCAGAGACUGACAUUUAUAUUCAAUAUCACUGAUAACAGUUCAUGUUUUGUUUAUAAAUAUUUGAAUUCUGAAUAUAUUUAUGCAGAAAAAUAUAGAAAUGCUCAGUAUUUCCCUCACACGUUUCUUCUUUCUGUAAGGGGGAGUUAGACAGACUUAUUCCACUAAAACUGGUAAUACUACUGAAAGUCGCCCAUCAAAAGAAAGCCUGCCACACUAUUUCAGCGCAGGGCUUGGAAUUGAUAUAGAAUAAGAAUAUGACAGCUUGAUGACCAUUACACGCAUAACAUAUCAACGCAACAGCGAAACAGAGGAGAAUAAUUACCAGCAUGUAAUUUCACAUUUGCUGGAAUGAAACUUGUUUUCCUCUGUGGAACAACAAAGCGGACUUAGCAACACAAGCAAACAGGUGGUUUUGGUUUGUGUGGAAGUGAAGAGCAAAGCUUGUGCUCUCAGUUUAGAGGUUUGGCUUAGACUAAAAGUGAUCCCCCCCUUCAGAUAGAGCCGCACCUCUUGUUCCAGUAUUUACACCAAGGGUUAGGCAGGUUAACCAGCUGCUGGUUGUAGCUACAAAGUCAGCAUCUGAACAUGAGUAUGAGCAGUGUAUUAAACUCACCUCUGGGGGCUAGUGGCUAAAAGCCAGAAUAGCUGCUUCUAGCCAAUAUAGUUAGUUAGAAACAAAGCUAAACUAGCUGACAUAUGUUUUAAAAACACUUAAAGAUGCUCUUUUAAAAAGUGGCUCAUAUUCAAUCCACCCCAUAAUUUGCAUGGCAUGAUGCAGUCUGCCAUAUUGGUUGUGAAAAAUAUAUAAUCCCCAUCUGGUUGGCGAAUGAGUCCUGGAGGUUGCUUGCAGCCAACGGGUGAAAUUGGUCACAAAGGGGGUGUUGCAUCAAAAACCACUUUGUAAUUGCUCCAAUCAAAAGCAGAGUGCCACAGCUGCCUGUAGUUUGCAUAGGAGACGUGGACUUGUUUGCAAAUCAUACAUGGGAUAAAAGAUGAGUCAAUUUAAAAAAUUAAGACAGAAGAGAAAGUAGCUGGAAGCGCAGAGGAGGAAUCGGCAAUACUGGUCUCAAGUGUCAGUGCAGGUGGCGCUGAUCCGAAACAUAGUUGUAUUUAUAAGGAAGCACACAUCAGAUUAUGGCGUAAGUUGCAGUGUAGGGUUUUAAAAAGUUUAUAAGAGCAUAUAAGUAGAACUAAUCUAAGUUAAGAUAGGCUAAGCUAACUAGCUGCUAACUGUUGCUACACAGUGAACACACAUACUUGAGCAGAGUUUGACUCCUCUGCUGGAAUCCUCCACUCCCGGUCACAGAAUAUGCGUUGCAUAUCCAAAGACAGACAUAUUAUUCAGUUAAUCUUUUUUUUAAUAAUAAAUGCCUCCAACAGAGGUUUGGUGCGCAGCUACAAAAAGUUUAAGGGCAGCUGAGCCUGAGCCAAGCUGUAAAAAUGCUAAUGCUUAAAAUACAACCUACAAGUGCCGUAAUUCACCACAUUGUAGUAUAAAUUCCCACAUCUUUUAAACAUCAUAGCCCGGCCUUUCUUUAAAUCUUAAACCGAGAUAACCCUGAUUAUAUCACUUUAGUUAUUUCCUCACACUUUUAAAGCCUUUUGGUGUUUUCGCUAGCUCAGUAAUACUUUUUUUAUUUUAAAAAACAAAGCAAAACAAAAUCCCCUGGCCUUUCACUUCCUAGCAAGUUGGUGCUAAAAUAUUUUUAAAAAACAAGCUGUUUAUAAUCUUUCAGAAGUGUGCUGUGCUCAGGUUUUUUAUUUAUAGUGUCAAGUGUAGAUAUGAAGUAGCACAACAGUUUGUGCCUUUGGAGCUUUUUUUUCUGUAAAGUUGAAAAAGCAAACCAAAAAUAAAAUGUACUAUUUUGUGUAUUUCAA